AUGAAUCGAUCGAAAUGGAACCUUUUUUCGUUGGUGAUGCUCUCGUUAAUCUCUACGGGCAUCCAGUCACCGUCGAAGGAAAACACGGAGCAUCGUCCGAGGAAACGUCACGUCUCGAUGUCGAGUCAAUCGGUUAACGGGCCACCCUACUGGGAGCACAUUCUCCGUGAGUUUGUGUUCAAGACGGUCUCACCACCGCCACAGGGCAACCAUCAGCUGUACAAACGUCUAUUGGACGCGCCAUUUUACGCCGGCCCGUUUCCGUUUCCAACAACCGACUCCGCAACCGUCCUCGUGUUAUCGCGCGGCGACGUUUAUCACCUGGCGAACGGCCACUGGCUGUUCUGCCAGCAGGGCUGCUUCGACUGUGAGGUGUGCUCAGAGCACACGCACCCUGCGGUCAAGUGGAUACUAAGGAGGAUCAAGAGGAUCUCGUCACAUGGCUCGCCUAGACACGAUCUACAGCUGACGAUCCUGCCGCAGGUGGACGGUAGCUACCACAUGAAGAGCCUUUGGCCUCGAUCCUACGUCUACGUGACCUCCCAAGGCGAGCAGGACGCCUACUUCAACGAUAGACGUUAUUAUCGUAACGACGGAACCGCUUAUGCGAAUCAUACCGAAGAUGAUUCUUCCGGGCAGGGAAGAACGGGGAGAAAUUUUUGGACGUUCGUUGAUAGGAAUUCUUUGUCUGACAGGAGUGCAGUUGGAACGCAGGUGCCUGAAAAACGAGUAAUUGGAGGUAAUGAUAGUAGUGAUAGUUCUAAGGAGCACGUAGAUAAUAAUAAUAAGGAGAAUGUUGAGAGUACAAGUGUUAGGUCUAAAAAGGACGACGAAGAGGUGACUGGGAAUGAUUUGAAAAAUGUUAAGAGGCAACCUACCGAAGUGAAGUUGAAGGAGGGGGAAGCUACGAAUGGUUCCACGGUGGAUAAUAAAUUUAAGGAGAAUAGAAGUAACAGGGUCAGACAGUUGAUACCAAAAUUGAUUCUCGGGACUGAUCAUUUGGGACAGAAGCAUUUAGUGCACGUGGUACCUGCUGAUGCAUCGACGAAUACGAGUUUGGUCAAUUCUGCUGUGUCAAAUGGUUUGAAUUCGGCUGGUCAAAAUAGAACUGCUUAUCAGAGAAUAUUGAGAAGGAUCUAUGAUUCGUUGAGCAGUAACAGAAGGUCUAUCGAAAGUUUCCUUGAUCCUUCGAAGCAAGCAGGACAAGUGAAUCAGCAAAGUGAGGAGCACCAGCAACAAGAAACGAGGAGUGGUUUGGCAGGACUGAAACAAACAGGUCGUUUCUAUCCUAUUCAUGACAGAGGAGCUCGAAAUAAAUCUUCGUUGUACGAACGAUGGCCUUAUACGUUAAACUGGAGCAGGCAACGAGAUAAAUCUAACGAUGAUGUAUUUCCUGAAAGGUUUAUAAAUAAUACAAGCAAUAUUGGUCAUAGGCUGAGUAAUCCUGGAAUACAAAAUAAUCUCGCGAAUUUAACGUUGCAUCGGGAUAUGAGGAAUAAGAACGCAUCUGACAGGAUUCGUUCUAAAUUGAUCGAUAAUGAUAGUUUGAAAAUGGGUAACGUCACUCGAAAAUUUAUACCUAGAAAGUAUAAAAUAGUUGUUACUACCGAGUCAACUACAAAAUUGAGCGAUAUCACGAAUGAUAGAGAAAUUAUUCAAAACCGUGGCUACCUGACUCCUGGAAAUCAGAAUGUUACGUCUAGAUAA